GAGGGACUUUACCCUUCAGUAUGGCUAUAAAAACUCUGAACGGCCGUCUGCACAGCACAAGUCAUCAGACACAGAGUGAAGAAGAGACAAGCUGCCUCUGCAAGAGUAAAAUUCAAUCAUGAAGGUACUUGUGGUUCUCGCACUGGCCGUUUUCUCUGUUUGCAAUGCCAACAUCCUGUGGCAGGCGCCUCCCAAGAGCAAUCUGGACAUGGUGAAAGAUGCUUUUUGGGACUACGUUGCUAAAGCGACACUCACUGCUGAGGACUCCCUGCAGCAGAUCAGACAGUCCGAGCUGGGACAGGAAGUGAAUGCCAGGAUCUCUCAGAGCGCUGACACAGUGAAUCACUACGUGGUUGCUCUGCAAACCCAGGUGGCUCCUCUGACUCAGGACUUCAUGACUAAGUUUUCCCAGCAGGCCGAGCAGCUGAAGGCUCGUCUGGAGAAGGAUCUGACCGCCGUGAGCACUAACCUGCAGCCCUACGCUGAGGAGAUGGUGGCGCACCUCCAGAGGCAGGUGGAGGAGCUGAAGAAGGAGGCGGCCCCCUACGCUGAGUCCAUGGAUCCCGAGGCCCUGAAGGCCAUCCUGCUGCAGAAGAGCCAGGAGCUGAAGGGGCAGCUGGAAAAGAGUGUGAACCAGCUGCAGGCCCAGAUGGUCCCCUACACCGAGGAGAUGAAGGAGAAGAUGGAGCAGAGCCUGGAGGAGUUUCAGAGGAGCAUGAUCCCCCUGGCCCAGAGCUUUGAGACCCAGCUGACCCAGAAAACCCAGGAGAUCCAGCAGAACCUGGCUCCAUACGGAGAGGAGCUGAGGGCCAAGCUGGAUGCCAGCGCUCAGGACCUGCAAGCUCAGCUGGCUGCUCUGUGGGAGUCCUUCACUAAGAAGACCCAGUAAAUAGGAUCCACUAUCAGCCUCCACACACCAAAUAUUUAAAUAUACCCAAUGUAUAUUUUAUUAAAUAAAUAUUUAAUGAACAA